CUAGGGGAAAUAAAUGUAGUUAGAGUGAGAGAGACAGACAGACAGACACAUCGGUGUUGGAUUAAAAACGGACGGAAUAUUAAGCAACCAAUCAUCAAUCGUAUUGAAAUAUUUCGGGGGUGUAUAUCUCUUAUCUAAUCCUUAUCAAAUGGAUAUCGAACGAAAAUAUUCUUAUUGUGAUAUAAUAUUACGUGCAACUUACGGAAUAUUAAGGGAUAUUAUUGAAUAUUUUUCUUGUUUAUCAUUGUGGACUUGUGACGAGUGGAUAAUCGAAGACAAGAUUUCUACGCUGGUGUCGCACAGAGAACGGCCGCUAUGUUCGGACCGGAGUCUUCGUGCCGUUGCAAGGGUCGGACAGGCGGUAAAUUUGGCGGUCGAAAGGUUCGUCACCGUUGGCGAAACCAUCGCCGACGACAAUCCCGAGAUCAAACAGGACAUGUACGAGGCAUGCAAAGAGGCCAGAGUAGCUGGAUCAGCGAUAGAAAAAUUAUGCGAAUGUGCUAUGGAAGACAGUUUGGCCGAUCGUGGGUCAGUUGUCAGAGCAGCAAGAUGUCUAUUGGGUUCUGUCACUAGAGUCCUUUUAUUAGCGGACAUAGUUGUUGUGAAACAAUUGCUAUUAGCUAAGGACAAGGUUGCUCGUAGCCUUGGACGUCUAGAAAGUGUCUCCAAUUUCACCGAAUUUGUUAAAGCUUUCAGCCAAUUUGGUGCUGAAAUGGUUGAAUUGGCUCACCUUACCGGUGAUCGUCAGAAUGACCUUAAAGACGAGAGACGUAGGGCUCAAAUGGCAGCUGCCCGACAAGUUUUAGAGAGAAGUACGAUGAUGCUACUCACAUCCAGCAAAACGUGCCUGAGACAUCCUGAAUGUCCUUCGGCAAGGGAGAACAGGGACACAGUUUUCUGUCAAAUGCGAAGAGCGAUGGAUCUAAUACAUUACGUGGUCAAGGAUGGUGUCCUCGAUUGCAGUGAAUCUCAAUCUUAUCCCAAUUCUCAAAAUCCACAGCAAGAAGAUUGGGACAGUAGUACGGUGUGUUCUGCAUUGAAAUAUUUCGAGAGACUCGUCGAAACCACGAGGAUGACCCUGUUGGGACAAGGUUGUCGUGAAACACUGACAUCAGCCCUCGACACGGUAGUAGAAAGGACCCAGGAUUUUACUGACAGUGCUUACACGACUCACGAACAUCGUGAAAAUAUCCUUCUACUUUGUGACAGAGCGAAACUUGAAUUGAACACACUUUUGCGAAUCGGUAAUAGUAUGAAUUUCGAAGGAGGUGGAUGUUCACCAAGCUCAGAGAUGGAACAAGCGGUAUUGGGUGUACUUCGUGCUACUCGUGACCUUCGUCAACAGCUUACAACGACGACGAUGGAACAAGCCGGUGACCUUGGACAGGUGACCAAAGCCGGUCAAGAAUUAGUCUCGACAAUUAGGAACCUCGCUUUGGCUAAUGAAAUCGACCGACUUCAAGAGAGCAGCGAUAGGUUUCACGAGUACAUCGAACAUAUUCUCGAAGUAUGCAAACUCUUGAGACACGUCGCACUCUCGGAAUCCUUACAAGUUUCUGCUAAGUUUACCGAAAUCAACCUGAGAAUUUAUGGUCCUCAAGUGGUGACAGCUGCGCACACGUUAGCUAGGCAUCCUACUAGUAAAAUUGCUAAAGAAAAUUUAGAAGUUUUUGCUGAUAUGUGGCAAUGGUUGAUGACCGAUGUGACAACAGUUGCCAAAGACGUUUUGGAAUUGAGUCAAAAUCGACCGGAAAAACAGGUCUACAUGUCCUUGCCACGACCAGGUAAACAUGGUACAACGAGCAAACCAUUGAAACCAGUUAGACUGGACAGCGAGGAACAAGCAAAGAUAGCGAAGGCUGGCCUUGAGAUGAAGCUGAUUACAUCGGAGAUGGAUGCUGAAACGGAGAAAUGGCAAGAGAGUGGUAGUGCACUAGAGGAGAACAACGACAUCGUUAAACGUGCUAAGAAUAUGUCGUCCAUGGCAUUUUCGAUGUAUCAAUUUACAAGAGGUGAAGGUGCCCUUAAAACAACUCAGGAUCUUUUCACUCAAGCUGAGUAUUUUGCGGAGGAGGCGAAUAGAUUGUACAAGGUUGUGAGACAAUUCAGUUAUCAGGUACCGGGUGGACCGCACAAGAAAGAACUCUUAGAAAAUCUGGAUCGAGUGCCAACGUACGUGCAGCAGUUGCAAUUCACCGUUAAGAACCCAACCGUCGGUAAAGCGGCGACUUUUACAAAAGUCGACAACGUUAUACAGGAGACAAAGAACUUGAUGAACGUGAUAUCGAAGGUGGUCACUACGUGCUUCGUCUGCGCCACAAAGUACAACCUGGAUUUCCGAGGUCUGUCGGCGCGUGGGGCCGGCGGCUCGCCGUACAGGGGCGGAGAGGGUGGAAGCGCCGAUGGGGAAGGUGGAGGUGUCGGUGCCGACGGCAGCAAGGCGGGCUCCGCCCCCGGCAGCGAUCCGUCCGUCUGACAGUUUGGGAUGGCCCGACGGGCCAAGGGGGACGCUCGCCGCACCCGGGUCUCCUUUCUGCUUUUUUAGGAAGACCCUCGCCUGCCCCAAUGUGGAACGUACACGUCGAUGACUACUACUACUACAACUACAACUACAACAACAUCAUCAACAACAACAACAACAACAACAACAACUACAACAACAGCUACUACAACAACAACAACAACAACAACUAUAACAAAAAUCAAAUAUCACAUAAUUAUAUCAAUCUCAUCAACGUCAACGUCAUUAGUAUUAUCAUUGUCGUCAUAUCGUCAUUAUCAUCGAUCGUGUACGUACUCACACACAUACACAAAAUCUUCUCCUAUCAAUCACGAGCUUGCCUCUUUCGGUCCGAUUCCAAUCGCACCACCCACCACCACCAUCACCCAUCUCACUUAUCUCCUAACUACUCCAUCUUAAUAACAUUGUUAUAUUUACUUUUUUUAUUUAUUUAUUUAUUUAUUUAUUCUCUUUAAAUAUACUAUUGAAAAAAAAAAUAAUAAACUCUAUUAAACUAUUUCACUAAAUUAUUACUAAAUAUUAUGAAUUCUCUAAAAACACAUUCUCGUUCAAUUCAAAUUGAAGUAUCUAUUAAUCGUCUUUUAAUCGUCACAAUUUAACAAUAACAACAACAACAACAUAUUAACAUCAACGUCAUCGUCAUUCUCUAUAUCUUCUCAUAUCGAUCGAUAUAUUCAAUCGAACCUAUGUAUCUUAUUCUAAUCCUAACACUAUCCCUUAUAAACACAUGCUAUAUCAAUUAUUACGAAUCUCAUAUCAUGUGCAUUACCAAUAUACUACACAUAUACACAUACACAUAUAUACAUACAUAUACAUAUACACUACCACCCACAACAUACAACUCGUUUGAAUAUUACUAUUAAUACUAUAUUCGAAUUGAUUAGAAUUUCGAGUAUAAUGAUGAUGAAUCCUGAUUCAUAUCGAAUUUAAAACUAAAUAAUUCAUUAACGUUAUCGUACGAAAUUAACUCGAGAUAUCUCUUCGUGAUAUUUUUAAUCAAUUCUAAUGAAUUUAUUUGUCAUCAUAUGAAGUAUAUCACGUAUGGAUUAUAAUAAUAUCUCGAGGAGAACAAUUAUAAUAUAUAUAUAUAUUUCUACAUCAGAAUAAACGACGUGUACGUUCCAUUGAAAUCACUCGCGAACGCUUUUACGAACAUCGAAACAAAACAAAACAAACAAACAAUAAAUUAAAAAAGCAAAAUAUUCGAUCACGAAUCACGUCAGUCCAAAUGCGUCAAAUGAUUUAAAUCAAGGCUAGGAAAAGAAAAGAAAAGAAAAGAAAAGAAAAGAAAAUGAGAGAAAGAGAGAGAGAGAGAGAGAGAGCAAAAACAAAGAAAGAUUUGCUAAAAUUAACAAACGCACGCAAAUGGCACGCUAAUUGCGCACGCACGCACGCACGCCAAUGGCACGCACGAUUAUAAUAUAUUAUCGUCAUUUAAUUAUCCUCCUUAUAUCAGUAAUUAAAUAAGAUACGUGUGUGAAACAACCUCGUCUUAAUAAUCGCAUGGACUCGCGGCUAAAUCGUUAAUAAAGCUCACAUGGCUG